AUGCCUCCUGCCUUGGCCCUCCUGCUGCUCGCGGGCCUGAGCGCCCGCGGAGGCUGGGGCUGCCUGCAGUGCGACCGCUCGGUGCAGGAGGCGCUGAGCCAGCUGCGCGUCGCCAUCGUCCCCAGCCGCUUCCACGUGGAGCAGCUGCGGACCCGCGCGCAGGCCCUGCUGCGGGGCAUGCAGGGGCCUUUCUUCCGGGACUACGCGCUGAAAGCGUUCGUGGGGAAAGCGGAAGUCGAUCCCCUGGACCAUGUGGCGUCCAUUAUCAAGAAUCAAGUGAACAUCUUAAAGAGUAAUGCCCUGAGAGACUGGCGCCUGCUGGAAGAGCUGGUGAGUCUUAGGGAGAACGCAAUCCAGGAACUCAAGAAAGUUUUAAGAUCCUACGAAUUAAAAGCCUGCGAUCCCAAAAGCUGCCACUUGCUUAAAGAAGAGGUCUUGGACUGUUUACAUUGCCUGAAGAUCAGUCCGAACUGUAUCAAGAAAAAGUACUGUUUCGUUGACAGGCAGCCCCACGUAGCCCUGCGGUAUGAGAAAAUGAGUGACAGCCCGCUGAGCCGGGCCCUGCCUGGCAUCCUCAUCUCCAUAUUUCUGGCUCUCCUCGCCUUGGGGGUCAUCGUGGCUUCGGCUAUUACGUACCGACAAAACCGGAAACUCUUGCUGCAGUAAGGCGUUGGUGUGGGGGUUCAUAAGGGGAAAAGAAAAGAAAAGUUUAAUAAAGUCUGUGACAAAUUC